CUGGGAGGUGACAGGGACAAACGCAGCAAGCCCCAGGCCCUGUCCCACAGGCUCUGUGCACCCCUGUCAGUGUCACCUGUGUCCCUGGCCAUGUCCAUCUCGAGCCCCUCAGGGCCCUCAGUCAACAGAGGGGAGGACGUGGAGCCUGGGGAGGAAAAAGUCUGUGCUGUGUGUGGGGACCGUGCCACCGGGUACCACUUCCACGUCAUGACCUGCGAGGGCUGCAAGGGCUUCUUCAGGCGCUCCAUCAUCAAAGGUGUCCACUUCACCUGCCCCUUCACCCGCAGCUGCCUCAUCACCAAGGCCAAGCGGAGGCAGUGCCAGGCCUGCCGCCUCCAGAAGUGCCUCAACGUGGGCAUGAGGAAGGACACCGGUGUCACCGGUUGGGUGCCGGUGUCCCCGGGGGCAGUGAUCCUGUCGGAGGAGGCCCUGCGGCAGCGGCGGGCACUGCGGGGGCAGCGGCGGAUGGCACGGGAGCAGCCGGGGGGGCUAUCGGCCGAGCAGCAGGAGCUCAUCAGCCUCCUCAUCGCCGCCCACCAGCGCACCUUCGACUCCAGCUUCUCCCAGUUCUCUCACUACUGGCCCGCCGUGCGGCUCUGCCUCCCCAGCCCCCGCCCACAGAGCCCACCCGAGCCAGGGGUCCCUCCUCCUGCGUGGCCACCGUCCCCACAGCCUGACUGCCUGGAUGAGGAUGUGCUGCCCGAUGUCUUUUCCAUGCUGCCCCACUUCGCCGACCUCAGCACGUUCAUGAUCCAGCAAGUCAUCAACUUUGCCAAGGAGAUCCCAGCUUUCAGCAGGAGCCUGCCCAUUGAUGACCAGAUCUCACUGCUGAAAGGAUCCACUCUGGAGAUCUGCCAGAUCCAGUUCAACACCGUCUUCAACAUGGAGACCAACGCCUGGGAGUGUGGGCAGCACUGCUACACCAUCCACGAUGGAGCACUGGCUGGUUUCCAGCAGAUCUACCUGGAGCCACUGCUCAAGUUCCACAUCAGCCUCAAGAAGCUGCAGCUGCACGAGGCUGAGUACGUCCUGCUCCAGGCCAUGCUGCUCUUCUCACCAGACCACGCUGGCAUCACUCAACGCAAAUUUAUCGACGAGUUCCAGGAGAAGGUGGCCCUGACCCUCAAGAGCUACAUCGACCACCGGCACCCCAUGCCCGAGGGGCGGUUUCUCUAUGCCAAGCUGCUGCUGCUGCUGACGGAGCUGCAGACGCUGAAGGUGGAGAACACGCGGCAGAUCCUCCACAUCCAGGACCUCUCGAUCAUGACCCCGCUGCUCUCCGAGAUCAUCAGUUAGAGCCCAGCCUGAGCCCCGGGGCU